AUGGGAGUCGUCCUAGGAAUGCUCAUCCUUGUCCUCGUCCUCUCCAUGAUGCAAGGAGGACUGUGCAUCUGGAAUGGAUUUUUGAUCCUGAAGAAUCAGACGGCGACAGAGAACUACGAACUUGACUCCAUUGCCUCUAAGAAUCGCAACAGCAAGAAGAAGGCAUUGCGGUGCCUUCCUCUCGGCAUCGUUAGGACAGACGGCUUGUCCAUGGGAGACCUCGGCCGGGACGCGGUCGAGCUGCAGCCUCUCAAGGAGGUGGAGGGGACGGAGCAGAGCAGCAGCCCCUUCGCACCACUCUCUCCUCGAACAGCAGACGCGCAUGUCGCAUGA